AUGGAUCCUCCAGAGCAUCGUUAUAGUUGGCUGGUAUUGGCGAAAGACUUGCCCAGUACACAUCGCAAGGAAAUAUGGUUUUUUACAUGUGCGAGUCUGCAAGGUGUUAAUUUAAACCUCCGCUCCGAGUGCAAGACUUCUCACAAAGUCACCAAACUGCAGGUAUGGUUUUUCACCUGUGAGCGUCCGCCGGUGUCUAAUCAAAUCUCCACUUCGAGUGGAAGACUUCUCGCUUACCGGUAUGGUAUUUCGUCAUCUGUGUGGAUCCGCCGGUGCACCGUUAGUUGGCUUUUAUGGGCAAACGAUUGCACAUUGCACUGGAACUAUUCUUCUCACGCGCGAGUCCUCCGGCUACACUUGAUCGAUCAUUUUAGAAAAUUCAUACCAACACGCUAG